AUGCCGAGCAAGCCACUACCAACGCAGUCAUUGACUGUGCAGUUAUCUCUCAAAGAGAAGGAAAUAUUGAAAGCAAUUCUCGAGUUUCUUGAGAUUAGAGGACUUCAUAUUACUCAGCUAUCACUAGAAAGAGAAACGGGUGUGAUAAACGGUAAAUACUCGGAUGAUCUCCUUUUCUUGCGACAACUAAUCCUUGAUGGGCAGUGGGAUAACGCAUUAGACUUUGUCGAACCAUUGAAAAGUGUACAGGAUUUCGACUUUAGACAAUUCAGGUAUUUGAUUACAAAAUAUAAAUUUUUCGAAUUGUUAUGUGUGAAGUUGGAACCUGGUCCUCUACACGACAACGACUUCGCAGUAGAGGAAUUGGUUGAGUGCUUGAAAGACUUGGAACACAUUUGUCCCAGUCCAGAAGACUAUCGACAGCUAUGUGCCCUUCUCACCUUGCCGAAACUCUCCGAUCAUGUGGAUUUCAAAAACUGGAACCCAUCAUCAGCCAGGGUGGAGUGCUUCCAUAAGAUCCAAGGUCUCGUAGCGCAUUUGCUGCCACCCACUGGUAAGGAUCGAGACCAUCAGGACGAGCACCAUUCUAAUCAUGAUCGUCUCAUCUCCCUCGUAGCCAAGGGCGUGUUUUAUGAGGGCUGUGUGGACUACUGUCAAGCGCAGGCCAUUGGUGACCUGAAAGGUAUCGAGAGCGGUCCGCACCCUACCGACAUUUUGGCGAAUCGACCGAGACUGUCGUCAACCGAUCUGUCACUGAUAUCAUGGCUCGAAAUGGUGGGCAGAGAACAGUUCGCUAUGCCGUUCCAGCAGAAACAGCUCGAUUUGAAAGUGGAGCAUCUCAAAAAGCCAAAACUGGAAGCGCAGUGGACAGAAACGAUUCUGGCCACGCCGAUGAAGCCUGGUGGUCACUUUCCACAUUCGAUGGUCCCGAAUGCUAAGCUCAAAUUCGCAGAGAAGAUGAGCCAGUCGAUGGCAGUGCUUCCGUUGAGCACAAGUAUGAGCGCCAGUGCAUUUCCCUCCGCCGGCCGAAUGCAUCCGAUGUCGCAGUCGACAGCAGCCGGGUUCUGCUUAGGAAUUGGCGAUGCUGGCAGCGAGGCAAUGGUGCAGAGUCAGAUGAUCGACAAUCUGAUCGAAUGUAGCGAACUGACGAAGAGCAGUCGUCCGGACUCGCUGUUCAGAAGCACGGUGGCGCCGAACAUGAUGACGAACUCAAUAGCGCCUCAGGUGAUGGGACCAGCAAUGGCGAACAGCUACAUGAAUGGAAUGUAUGAUUUCACGCCUGUCCGACGACAGCUCGACGAAAUGGCGCGACGAUCCAUGCCUCCACCUUCGUCGCAGAGACAGUCGUCUUUGCCACCUGUACCCGAGUUGCCUACACCUACAAUGACAGACGAGAAUCCCAUGACACAAAGCCGGUUAUUCCAGGAGUUCUCCAGUAAACAAAGAGUUUCAGAUGCUGUCCCAUUGCGACAAAGGCAACUAUCGGCUCCUACAACGUACCCGAUCCCCUAUGACACAAGCACAACUUUGUACUCCAAUGGCCAAAUUCCGAUGACGAUGCCGGCUCCAAUUCCUACGGCUUUACCAGCUUCGAUGGCCACCAUGGUGCAUCAGGGUUCGCCACGGCCGCACUCCACGAUGAUGGCGCAACAGUUGCCGCCAGCCGUACCACAAAGGCCUAUGUCCAUGCCUCCAAAUGGAUCGGGGUCUCCGGUACAGUUUGAACCCGUCUGCAGAUACGAGGACACUCAAGCAAUCCGCACAGUGGCUUUUCAUCCGACCGGACGUUACUUCGCUAUAGGAACAAAUUCAAAACAAUUGCACAUAUGUAAAUAUCCCGACAUCAGAAAACUGAGUGCAUCGGACCAAAUUCGACAUCCAGAAAUUCUUCUCUCUCGCCCGAAGCAGCACAGAGGGUCCGUUUACUGUUUGGGCUUCAACCCGACUGGCGAUUUGCUAGCGACUGGCUCCAAUGACAAAACUUUGAGGCUUAUGGCGUUUAGCUCGGAUGUGUGUAAGAUUGGAGCUGAGAUGGAAUUUGGUUUUCAUGACGGAACCAUUAGAGAUGUUGUCUUUCUUGAAGAUAGCGCGAACAGAACCUCUUUGUUAGUAAGUGGUGGUGCUGGUAACUGUCAUCUAAACGUUACUGAUUGUCAUACGGGUCAGCUGGUACAAUCAAUGCGUGGACAUAAUGCUCCAAUUCUUGGUCUUUUCACUUGGAAUAGUGGUCCAAUGUUCGUGUCCUGCUCUCAAGAUAAGACUAUCCGGUUUUGGGAUGUGCGGACAGCGCAAGCGGUUAAUACUAUACAGCCAGCGAGCAAAACCCACAGUGCGCCUGUCACUUCUGUCUGUGUGGAUCCCUCUGGGCAGUUGUUAGUCUCCGGGCAUGAAGACGCCUCAGUGGCUUUGUAUGAUAUUACUGGCGGACGUAUAUUGCAAACCUACAGGCCUCAUGGGGAUGAAGUUAGAACGGUGCGAUUCAGUAACGCUGCCUAUUAUCUUCUUUCUGCCAGCUAUGACAAAAGAAUGGUGAUCACAGAUAUGCGAGGAGAUCUCAUGGCACCAUUGGUUUAUUUGCCAGUUGCCGAACAUUCUGAUAAAGUUAUACAGUGUCGGUGGCAUCCGUUUGACUUUUCCUUUCUGUCAACCAGUGCCGACAGAAGUGCUGUGUUAUGGGCGCUGCCACCACCUCCUCGAUAUUGAAGUUUGCUUCUGUGAAGCCGCUAAGUCGCAGCUGUGCGCAGUAUACUCAAGUACACAUGCUGUUAUAUUAUAAGUAACAGUAUCACGGUCAUUCUAGCUUGCUCUAGUAGUCUUUCAUCUUAACUUUCAGUGAUCAAGCACGUACAAGGUCAAACCUGAGUGCUUUGAAUUUGAAUCAAAUGAUUCGCGUGAUUUAUGUCUAGUCAUAUUUGCCAAAAAGUUGCUGCUGCUUACUGUGUUGUUUUUGCCUUCCAAAGCACUGUUGAUAUCGCUUCUAGGUUGUGAUUUUUACCAAUGUUGCAUAUAUAUUCAUUUGUUUGUGUAUGCGCUUUUUUCGAGAUGUGAGCUCAUUUCCAUAACAAGUCUACUAGCUAUGAUUUUUGAAGAAUCUCGGUUUGACUACGAUUUUAUGGUUUGCAGCGAGUGUUCCACUUCAGUCUCGUGCUCGACGACUAUCCGUUAUGCGUGUGCAUACAGCAGGCCCAAGUACUCG